UUUUUCAGAAAGAUAAGCUGCCACAGCCAUAAAUGGCUUUCUAUUUGACCACUUGGCACAAAAUCAUGGUGUGAUAAGCACUUAUUACCUGCUACAGUUAUAAAGUGGUUAUGUUCUUCUUCUGUUUUUGGUUAUGUUCUUCAGUCGUGUUUAUACAAUCCAAGAUAGAAAGGAUUAAAAAAGGGGAAAAAAAAAUUACAGUUUUCAACCUAAAAGAAGCCAAAAUAUGUAACAGGAUGGAAGACCCAAAAAUCAUCCCCUCUCUCUCUCUCUCUCUCGACACUUCGUCUGGGGGAAUAGGUUAAUGGUUAUGGGUUUUUGACUUGUAGUGUACUAAUGGUGGAAUAGAAAGAGUAGCUAAGGAGUAAGGUCCCACAUGCAAAAGGCGAAAGUUUUGAUAUACCCUUCUGGGUCUUUGAUUCCUCUAUCUUCCACCUUGGAGGAAGUGAUUAUUUUCAGGGUUGGGAAUAUGGGGAAAUCGAUUAACUUUUGUGGCAUCUCUAAUUCUUGGUUGUGACUAUGCUUUCGAUCGAAUUGGGUUGUUUGUCUGAUCUGAGAUUCAUCAGAUUCCUUUCAAUUCGUCAUAUUCUUCAACUAUUUCGGACUAAGAUUGCCAAGCCACAAACAAUUAGCAUUUCGGGUUAUGGGUUGGCUAACCAAGAUCUUCAAAGGUUCCAGCCAUAACAUCUCCCGAGGGCAAUAUCAUGGGAAAUCCGAAGAUGAUACAAUCUGGGAAGGACCCUCUGCUUCAUUGGAUGCAUGGUCAGAUUUUGAUAAAGAAGAAAUUGAUCUAGCUAUCGCACGUUCCCUCUCAGAAGAAGAUCAGAAAAGACUUUCCCUAUCAGAAGAUGAUCAGAAAAGACUUUCCCUAUCAGAAGAUGAUCAGAAAAGACCUUCCCUAUCAGAAGAUGAUCAGAAAAGACCUUCCCUUUCAGACGAUGAUCAGAAAGGACUUUCCCUUUCGCAAGACGAUCGGAAAGGAAAAACCAUCGUUGAUAAUGAAUCUCAUUUGGAGGAAGAUGAACAGCUUGCCCUGGCUGUUCAGGAAAGUUUGAAUAUGGAGUCUCCGCCUCGAUAUGAUUUUGGAAGUUUGUUCCCUUCUAACCCGUACUUCUACCCACCCGGGUACAGGAUCUGUGCCGGUUGCAACACUGAAAUUGGUCAUGGACGAUUCUUGAGUUGCAUGGGAGCUUUUUGGCAUCCAGAAUGUUUCCGUUGCCAUGCCUGCAAUCAACCAAUUUCUGAACCAGAGUUCUCUAUGUCUGAUAAUCACCAUUACCACAAAUCCUGCUAUAAGGAGCACCAUCACCCUAGAUGUGAUGUUUGCAAGAACUUUAUUCCAACAAAUGCAGCUGGUCUUAUUGAGUAUAGGGCACAUCCUUUCUGGCAACAGAAGUACUGCCCUUCGCAUGAGCAUGAUGGGACUCCUCGGUGUUGCAGCUGUGAAAGAAUGGAGCCAAGGGAUGUGAGAUAUCUGUUACUUGAUGAUGGUCGGAAACUAUGCCUUGAGUGUCUGGACUCUUCAAUAAUGGAUACUCAUGAAUGCCAACCUCUUUAUCUUGAAAUACAAGAUUUUUAUGAAGGCUUAAAUAUGAAAGUGGAGCAGCAAAUUCCAUUACUCUUGGUUGAAAGACAAGCACUGAAUGAGGCCAUGGAAGGAGAGAAGAAUGGACAUCAUCACAUGCCAGAGACAAGAGGACUUUGUCUGUCAGAAGAACAAACCAUUAGCACUAUUUCAAGGAGGCCGAGGAUUGGGGCAGGGCGGAUCAUAGACAUGUUUACAGAGCCUUACAGGCUGAUCCGUCAAUGCGAGGUGACAGCAAUUCUCAUUCUGUAUGGUCUCCCUAGGUUGUUGACUGGAUCUAUCCUGGCUCAUGAGAUGAUGCAUGCAUGGUUGCGGCUUAAAGGAUACCCCAAUCUAAGUCCAGAGGUUGAAGAGGGAAUCUGCCAAGUGAUAGCUCAUAUGUGGUUGGAUUCCGAGAUUGUGGCUGGUUCUGGAAGUAAUGUUGCUUCGACUUCAUCAUCAUCAGCUCCAUCAUCAUCGUCCGCAGGUUCAUCAAAGAAGGGUACCCGGUCCCAAUUUGAGAAGAAACUUGGAGAGUUUUUCAAACACCAGAUUGAAUCAGACACAUCAGCAGCUUACGGAGAUGGGUUCAGAGAAGGUAACAAGGCAGUUCUCAAAUAUAGUCUGAAGAGGACUCUAGACCACAUUCGGUUGACAGGAAGCUUUCCUUACUGAUAAAUUGAGUGGGUGAUUUUCUCAGUGUCCCGUUUCUCUUACACAUAAAUAUCUUUGCCUAUCAUAUUAAUACUACAGGACCAAAACCAAUAUAAAUUAGAGCAUCACCACGAGACCAAAUAAAGAAUUAAUGAUGCUGCUGUCUGAUGCAGAUUUCAUGUUAUUCCUUGCUAACACUGGACACAUUUUAUCUUUUUGUGCUAUACAUGUUAAUAUAUAGGGGGAAAAUCUGAAAUAUAAUUUGAUUAUACUUGUUAUUGUUUAUGGAUGGCACUCGUUACCUUUCAU